GCAUUGCCCAUCCCUGCCCCCAGCCCUUGUGCCCUCCUGCCGCCUCUCUCUCCUUCCUCCUCCCAACUCUUGUGCUCCGUUCUCGCCGCUGCCAAAGGCCAAAGCGUUGCACGAAGAAGCCUUUAUGGCUUCAGAGCUCAGCCGCAUUCAAUUGCCAUGAUCCGUACUACGUACCAGCACACCACCACUGUAGUGUAGAUAGCCUCUCUCUGUGGACCAUUUAUUCUCAGCACCACGGCAGCAAGGAACCCCUGCCCAUGUGAACAGUGGCCGUCGCGCGAUCUCUGAUAUAAGUAGCAGUAUCCUAGCUACCACUGCCUCCUCCCCUCACUCACUCACUCACUCACUUAUUCAUCAGUGAGUGCUUACUGCUUAGCUAGAGAGCUUCAGUCAGCCCGAGCUCCUCAUGGAACUCCUACUACUUUACUCCUCAUUUCUGCUUCUCCUUUUGUGCUCUUCCCAGGGCCUAGCCUCUACUCUUCAAGGGACAGGGCUACAUCAUCAGCUCAAGGAGCCAGCUCCAGCUUCAGAGGUGGAGGCCGCGGCGACGAUGUCGGCGGUGAUGAUCGGCUCCAGGCCGCCGCGGUGCGAGGGGAGGUGCGCCCUCUGCGGCCGGUGCGAGGCGGUGCAGGUGCCGGUCGCGCCGCGGGACAAGCACGCCGUCGCCGCGGCGGCCGGAAGCCACUUCCGACUGUCCAGGGCCUUCGGCGGCGACGGCGUCGACGAGAGGUCCACCAACUACAAGCCGCUCAACUGGAGGUGCAGGUGCGCUGACAGGAGGGUGCUCAACCCGUGACCGUGCUUGUGCCAGUUUUCUCUUCUGAAGAUGCUUGAGCUCACACCCUCCCAGCAUCUUCGAUCCAUCCACCAGAUAGCAGCUGUGAGUUGUUGGGAGAAGUUGCGCUGAGAUCCUCUCCUCUUUUUGGUCGGUUUAGGUAUAGGAGCAGCUUAUGAUGCCUGCUGGGUGUGAUCCAUUGAUAGUUGUCUGGAGGUGUUGCACUAAUUAAUCAGGGAGCUAGCUGAGGUGUGAUGUUUUAACAGCUGCUUCUUAUACUAGUAGUUCCUUGUAUAAGCACGUGCUGUAAUUAACUAAUUAAGAGAGUGGGAUAUCACAAAUCA